UGCGAGGAGGCAUAGCGCCAAAUCUAAGUAUUGAACCAUUAAGUUUCUUACACAUAACAAGAUGCCUCCCUAGUGCUCUCUAUCCUAAAUUUUCCAUUCUGCGACAUACCUCAGACUGGGAUUCCACUUUUGAUUUUGCUGAGGAAAAAAAACAGUCACUGUUAUCAAUAACGAUGUUAGUGGAGUCUAGAUAGUGCUUAACCUCUAGAUUGACAAUUGCACCCGCAACAAGACCAUAUACUCGUCACCCCAAAUUCCGCCUACAGCGGUGGGAGAAAGUAUCUGUUGGCGGAUAGAGGCUAUAGCACAUGACAAGAAGUCCCGCAAAGGACGUUCGUCUUUUUGUGACAGCCCCAUUCUCAAAGAAAGCUAGAGCCUCAAGGGAUGGGCCAAGUGGGAAUAUUGUGGAUCCUCGACAGGAUGGUGAUAUCGGCGAGGGUCAGUUUGAAUUUGUCCAUGGUGAUUCCCUGGUUCGUGUAAAAAGAGACUAGGUUAUGGUUGCCUGGCAAAGUGAGGUGUUCC